AUGCUUUCAUCCAUCACCCGUGCUUCUGUCAAGCCCACCCAAAUGGCUUCUCGUGCCUUCAUUUCUACCUGGAACGCUGUUCCUCAAGGUCCUCCUGAUGCUAUUUUGGGUGUCUCCGAGGCUUUCAAGAAGGAUGUCUCUCCCAGCAAGAUGAACUUGGGUGUUGGUGCUUAUCGUGAUGAUGGUGGUAAGCCUUAUGUUUUAAACUCUGUCAAGAAGGCCGAGAGAUACAUGAUUGACCAAAACAUGGACAAGGAAUAUGCUGGUAUUACUGGUGUUCCUAGUUUCACCAAGGCUGCCGGUGCUCUUGCUUACGGUGAGGAUAGCCCUGCUAUCAAGGAAAACAGACUUGCUAUCGCUCAAUCCAUCUCUGGUACCGGUGCUCUCCGUAUGGGUGCGGAAUUCUUCAACGCUUGGUUCCCUCACGCCAAGAACGUUGUUGUUCCCAACCCUACCUGGGGAAACCAUAUCCCUAUCAUGAAGAAUGCUGGUCUUAACUUGGAGAAAUAUACUUACUUCGAUAAGCAAACCAACGGUCUCAACAUUGACGGUAUGUUGGAAGACCUUCACAAAGCCCCCAAGAACACUAUUGUCUUGCUCCAUGCUUGUGCACAUAACCCUACUGGUGUUGACCCUACCAAGGAACAAUGGGAUCAAAUCUCCAAGGUCAUGAAGGAACGUGGACAUUUCCCUUUCUUCGAUAUGGCCUAUCAAGGUUUUGCCUCUGGUGAUUGUUCUCGCGAUGCCUAUGCCCUCCGUAAGUUUGUUGACGAAGGACAUCAAGUUGUUUUAGCUCAAUCUUUCGCCAAGAACAUGGGUCUCUAUGGUGAGCGUGUCGGUUCUUUCUCUGUCGUCUGUGCUGACGAAGCUGAAAAGGCACGCGUUGAUUCUCAACUCAAGAUUAUCAUCCGUCCCAUGUACUCUAACCCUCCCAUUCAUGGUGCUCACAUUGUCAGCACUGUUUUGAACAACAACGAAUUAAAGCAAGAAUGGUUAGGUGAAGUUAAGACUAUGGCCGAUCGUAUUAUCACCAUGAGAGAUCAACUUAAGGGUCACCUCGAGAACGAUUUCAACUCUCAAAAGAGCUGGAACCACAUCACUGACCAAAUCGGUAUGUUCUGUUUCUCCGGUAUGACUCCCGAACAAGUCAACAACAUUAAGAAUGACUGGCACGUCUAUUUGACCCAAGAUGGUAGAAUCUCCAUGGCUGGUAUCUCAUCUGCUAACGUCAAGUAUCUUGCUGAAGCUAUUCACAACGUCACCAAGGACUAA